GUGGCCCUGGUGGAUGAGAUGGCAUCUGUUCUGAAUGGCACAGGCCCUGUCUUGUUAAUGCUGCUUCCUCUGUGCGUGCUUCCUGGAUGCUCUGAAGACCUAACUUGGCAAGAGUUUAUGAAGCAAUACCAUCUCAGCCUGGGCCUGGAUUUCAGCCGUCUGAACUGUGAAGGUCUUAUGGGUGCCAUGGAAUCUCUGAAGGGCAAAGCCUCCCAUACUUUCAUCUAUGCUAUUUGGAGCCAGAUAGAAGAUAUAUGCUAUAGGGAUGGGUUAGAUCUCUAUGAGAAUGUGCGAGUAUGGAGCAAGAAGCCCUUCAAAAUCCUUACCUGCGAACGGUUGGAGUCUGGUCAAGGCUACAGGGGCACCAGAAGCUAUAGCUAUUUAGAGCUCCACUGUGGCCUGAAUGGAUUCCCUGUGAGCUUAGAGGACACCAAGGUGAAGAAGAAAAUUUCAAGUUAG